AUGGUGGGAUCCGAAGCAGGCGGGCGCCGUCAGCGUCUUCAGCGCCGUGACUUGACGGGCAAGAAGUGGUCGACAAGCAGCGACGUCAUCAAUGCUGACAUGAAGCGGCUCGCGAGCAAAUACGCCAAGUAUGGCCCACAAUCGCUCAAGAAGCGGCAAGAUGCUGGCAGUGACGCCGGCACGACGACCACCACUGCAGCCGAUGGCUCUGUCACAACUACAGCGGAUUCUGCUGCCGCUACUUCCGCGGUCUCAAGUUCGUCAUCAACGCCAUCAACAAGUCCCACGACAUCGCCCACAAGCGACGGCACAACAGCACAGUCGACAUCGGCAGGCUCCAAUCCAGCGGCUGCAGGUAGCACGACGACGACUCCUGCUGCUGCUUCCAGCACGGCCGCACAAAGCUCAUCAAGCCGCACCAGCGAUACACGCGCCUCGACCACUUAUGCACCUACCACCGUCGUCGGCACAACAGAGAUCGUGCAAGGCACGCUGACACGCACACUCACCACGACCAACACGAGCACGCCCAGUGCAGCCGCGACGUCGAGUGCCUCACUCACUGGCGAUAACUCUGGCUCCUCCGGCGGUCUGUCAACAGGCACAACACUCGCUAUUGCCAUCCCUGUGGCCAUAGUGGGUGCACUCAUACUGUUGGGCUUGCUCCUCUUUGGCCUUUCCAGAUGGCGGAAGAGAAAUGCUCUUCGAUAUAAUCCCUCGGAGGAUGAGAUCAAAUGGCCAGAAGUCGCUUCCAAUCCGGAUGAUCAGGCUGCACUCUAUCCCACUGCCGUCAGACCCACAGGACGUGCAGGCAUCGAUAUGGGAGAGGAUGGCGAAGAGACACUUGCACCCAUCAUCGGUGCAGGCGCCAUGGGCGCAGCUGCAGGCGGUCUCCAUGGACGCCAGCUAAGCUCGAGCAGCAACGGCUAUGGCACAGCUUACAACGACACCUCUGCUUCGGGUCACUCGCCCCCCACGCAAUCCUCGCAUCAGGGCUGGGGCGCUCCUCAGGCUGCCGGUGGAGCUCACUACGAUCCCCAGGCGGGCGCAUAUGCAGAACAGACCCAGCCUUGGCGGGAUUACAGAUCGGGCUCGGUUGCACCUUCGAUGGGCGCACCCGAGGAUCGUCAAGUCGGCGAUUUCGGCUCGUCUGCCAACUCUCACGAGUACUAUCAAUCCCCUUAUGGCGGCUACGCUGCGAGUGACGCGACGAGCAUGAGCGACGGCAGGAGGAAACGUCUCAGUGUCACCAACCAGCUCGAUGACGUCGAUGAGAGCGAGCUUGGUCAUUCAGGCGGCUUGUAG